AUGCCACUGCAAGUGAUCGUUGUUGGCGCAGGCCUGGCUGGUCUGGGCGCUGCCAUUGCCCUCAACCGUGCGGGCCACAAUAUCCAAGUUCUCGAACAAUCCAGUUUUCGCAAUGAAGUAGGCGCAGCCAUUCACGUCGCACCCAACGCUACACGGAUCUUGAAGGAAUGGGGUUGUAAUUUGAACGGCCUAUAUCCUGUACAAUGCAACCGUCUACAGGUCUGGGAUUCGGAGGGGAAAUCUCCUUUUGACCCCUGUUGUGACGAAAGACCUCCACCGGAAAUUGAAUACCACAGAUGA